ACAACGUUCCGUUUAUGAUAAGGCAUGUCUUUUUCUGCACGGUCUCAUAUCUCUAUUGCACAGAGUAACAGAAGCGCCUCUGUUAUCCAGACCUGGAACCGCACAGUCCAGUCCAAGAGUCACCAGAGAAAGUGAAGUUAUACGAAAGUGGUUUAUUAUGGUGGAAGAUAUGACAACUCCAUUGCUCUCAGACUCUGAAGCCCCCUCUGAUGCCCUACCUGUACGUCUAACUGGUCUUACAGUGGCCAUACUCGGUUCUGGAGACUUCUCUCGGUCACUGGCUGUGCGGCUGGUAGCUUCUGGUGUGCGAGUGGUGGUUGGGAGUCGCUGUGUGAAUCGCAUCCCAUCAGGACUGUUCCCUGACGGAGUGGAGUUGAGGAACCAGGAGGGGGCUCUAUCACAAGUGUGCCUGGUAUUUAUGGCCAUGUUCCCCGAGCAUUACUGCUCUUUGCUGGGGCUACAGUCUGCACUGGCAGGGAAGGUGCUUGUGGAUGUAAGUAACGGCGCAAAAGUGAAUAUCCAUGGGCCGUCCAAUGCGGAACGACUGGCUGAGCUGUUUCCAGACAGUCUAGUGGUCAAAGGUUUUAACACGGUUUCAACCUGGGAGUUGCAGACUGGGGCUCAUGAUGGAAGCAGACAGGUCAUGAUCUGCAGUAACAGUACAGAGGGGAAGAAGAAAGUCGUGCAGCUGGCUCGGCGGAUGGGGUUCCAUCCGGUGGAUAUGGGUGGCUUGUCUGCUGCUCGAGAGAUUGAGGUCAGCCCAUUGCGCCUAUUCCCAUCUUGGAGUGGCCCGGUUGUCGUCACCUUCCUCCUUUUUCUCUUCUUCUAUGGCUACGGUUUUCUGCGGGGAAUUUUGCUGCCAUUUCUUGCACAAGGACACAAUGCUUUCUACCGUCUCGCUUUUGACCUGGUGGAAGAGAGCCUGCCAGCAGUAGCCUUGGUGACCCUGGCACUCGUAUACUUACCAGGAUUAUUUGCUGCAUGGUUGCAGCUCUGGAGGGGCACCAAGUACCGGCGUUUCCCAUCCUGGUUGGACAACUGGAUGCAGCGGAGGAAACAACUGGGCCUGCUGAGCUUCCUUUGUGCAGCAUUGCAUGGUGUCUACAGCCUUUGCCUGCCACUGCGCAGAAUAACAGUGCACAGGCUUGUCAAUACUGCCUACAGACAGGUUAAAGCAGGUACAGAGGAGCCCUGGGAUGAGCUGGGUGUUUGGCGAUCUGACUUGUACCUUUCAUGUGGAGUUUUGGGUCUUGGUGUCCUCUCUUUACUGGCCAUCACUUCCCUUCCAACAGUGGGCAACACUCUCAACUGGAGAGAGUUUACGUUUGUACAGUCUGGUUUGGGUUACAUUGCCCUGACUCUGUCCAUAAUGCACACACUCUUCUUUGGCUGGGAUUUUGCCUUCCACAUUGAGGCAUAUCCAUUCUACAUGCCACCAAGCUACUUAUUGGCUGUCGUUCUACCCUGCAUUGUUCUGGUGUGCCGUUGCUUCCUGCUUCUGCCAUGCAUCUUCACCAGACUGACACGAAUCCGCCGGGGAUGGGAGAGUAAACACAACUGUCCAGUGUUACAGCACCACCAUGUGGUGCCUAAUGGAAUACCAUAUGUUCUGCUGGUUUUAUCACAGGCUGAGUUUCAGAAAGCAGCAGAGGAGGUCAAACAGCUGAAAACGAAACCAACGGACGCUGAGGUGAUGGAAAUCUACGGUCUAUACAAACAGGCCACCUUAGGAGACGUUGACAUGGCCCGACCAGGCAUGUUCGAUUUCGCUGGCAAGACCAAAUGGGAUGCCUGGAAUGCCAAGAAAGGUAUGAGUAAGGAGGAUGCAAUGAAAGCAUACAUCGCCAAGGUAGAGGAGCUGAAGGGGAUAUACGGAAUCUAAUAUCAUCACGGCCAGCCUGCCUUUACCUGUACUGUCCUCCCAUAAAACACCUUUAGGCCUCCAGUGUGUCCUCUCACAAGGGUGUUACAGUUACAUCGUAGCAGGCAGACUCGGUUCUGUGUGAGAGAAGAAGCACAUUCCUCUCAGGCCAAGAGAAAUCGUCCACCAGCAACCGUCUAGUGAAAAGCACAAAUGAAUUCAAAUUUAUACAAUGCCAUAAAGUCAGUUUUCUAGAACCAUGUUUGCCUUGUGUUUUCGUACAAACACUGACUAAGAAAAACUUUGAUGUUUGACUUUUUUUUUUAAAUAGAUUCCAUAAAAGAUUUUGAUAAUAAAUUACUGGAUCAAAUAAUUAAAAAGGAUUUACUGUA